AUGCUGUCCACGUUGCGACCAGAAGGGGCGCCGGCCAUGCCCUUGGCCGCCGCUGGCUUGCGCGGGACGCCAGUUCGUUGCGGUGGCGUUGAUUUACGUGCGUGGGCUGUGGGCCAUGUGGGUGGCCCAACUUCUUCCUUUGCGGCCGCGGACGCGAGUGCGGUGCCCCCCUCUCACGAGGCAACGCGCGGCCAAAGCAGAGGCCAACCAAUUCCUGUGUGGGCCGUUGUCUCCUUAGUUUUGCUGGGCACCCUGGGCGCUGCCUGUGUGGCCGGAAUUGCCUUCCUCGCACGUGGGCUUCGCCUUCAGCGCGCACCACGCCUCUCACGGAGGGCCGCCUCCCAAGUCCCGACGGCGGCCCGCGAGCAACGGGCCCAUUCCUCUGCGGGGGACCUCCAACGCGUAGUCUGUGCGACCGCAAACGCCUGA